GGGACCUUCCUUAUGAAUCGGCGUUUGAGCACGUAGGGCGGACUUCUCGGCGACCAGCUGACCCAACGCUUCCUCCCCCGAACUCCAUACGACAGUAACGGGACGCACUUCGUGAAAUAUCCCACCGGAAUUUGUUCUGCUUCAUUUUUUUGUGUGUGUCACGCGGGGCUGUUGAUCGGCAUGGAGUGUGGGGAUGCCUCGAAGCAGAGCCAGCGUUUCUGCGUUUUGUCCUGGGAUCAGGUGCAGCGUUUGGAUUCCAUCUUGGGGGAAGCUGUACCUAUCCACGGCCGGGGAAACUUCCCCACGUUGUCCAUGAGACCCCGACAGAUUGUUCAGGUGGUGCGGGCGCGGCUGGAGGACCAAGGGGUGUGCGUUAAAGACGUGCGGCUGAACGGCUCGGCCGCCAGCCACGUGCUCCACCAGGACACCGGGCUGGGCUACAAGGACCUGGACCUGAUCUUCGGCGUGUCGCUGAAGGACGACCAGGCCUUCCGACUGGUGAAGGAUGUGGUGUUGGACUGCCUGUUUGAUUUCCUGCCCCCUGGAGUGUCCAGGGAGCGAAUCACAGCGCUGACCCUCAAGGAGGCCUACGUGCAGAAACUGGUGAAAGUCUGCAACGACGCGGACCGCUGGAGCCUCAUCUCGCUGUCCAACAACACGGGCAAGAACGUGGAGCUGAAAUUUGUGGACUCUUUAAGGCGGCAGUUUGAGUUCAGCGUGGACUCCUUCCAGAUUUGCCUCGACUCUCUGCUCUUGUUUGACCGCUGCUCGGAGACGCCGAUGUCAGAAAGCUUUCACCCCACGGUGGUCGGCGAGAGCGUGUACGGCAACUUCCAGGAGGCCAUGGAUCAUUUGUGUCAGAGGACCAUAGCCACGAGAAGCCCCGAAGAGAUCCGAGGGGGCGGCUUAUUGAAGUACUGCCACCUGCUCGUACGGGGCUUCCGAGCGGCCUCCGAGUCGGACAUGAAGCAGAUGCAGCGCUACAUGUGCUCGCGCUUCUUCAUUGACUUCUCCGACAUUGGCGAGCAGCAGAGGAAACUGGAGGCUUACCUCCAAAACCACUUUGCCGGCAUGGAGCACAAACGCUACGAGUGCCUGAUGACGCUCUACCAGGUGGUGAACGAGAGCACCGUGUGUCUGAUGGGUCACGAGCGGCGUCAGACGCUCAGCCUCAUCUCCAUGUUGGCGCUGAAGGCGCUGGCCGAGCAGAAUGCCAUCCCCACGGUGACCAACGUCACGUGUUACUACCAGCCGGCGCCCUACGUGCAGGACAUUAACUUCAGCAAUUACUACAUCGCACACGUGCAGGCGCCGCUCGCGUCGCCGUGCGCCACAUCCUAUCAGAAAUGGUUGCCCUGUAGCUGAGGCUCACGUACCCAAAGAGGACUGAACACGCAGAGAAAAACAAACAAGUUUGCCAAAUGCGACUCGAUUGAAACCAACACACAAAACAAUCCUGCUUUGCAGUAAAUACGAUUGAGCCAACACGCAACGUCCGUGAGAUUGCUGGUCAUUAAAAAAAAAAAGAUGUAGUGAUAAUGUUUUAUUUAAAAUUUUAAAAAAGAAAAAAAGAGAUGUCUUUGUGAAGCUUUUUAUAGAAAUACAGUCUUUCGGAGACAAACGUUAAAGCUGAUGUUAUUUCAUACUCUGGCUUUUAAUUUUUGUAAAAUACUGGACCAAAGAUGUAUUUUUGCUCAGAGAGGGAAUUUUCUUUUUUUUUGUCUUUGGUUUAUGAUUCCAAGUGCCUAAAAUGACCUGUGAAAUAUUCUCGAGAUGUCUGUAACGUGAGAACUGUGCAUUCAGGGUUUAUUUUUUUCCCCCCUCUAGAAUAUUCUGUCCAUCUUCAAGGGAGCAGAAGCAUUCAUUUUUGCGAGAUUAAAAAAAAAAAGGAAAAGUCA